AUGAGAUGGCUACGAGGUGGUUAUAUCCAGCAGACAAGGGGCUUGUUUAAAGUAUACAAUGGUCCAGUUAGAAAUUCAUAUGUUGUAAAUAAAACAUAUCUACAGUUGGUGUGGAAUAAUUACAUUCCAUACCAAUUGAAGUAUCUAAGUUUAUUUGGUACGGGGAUAUUGACAUUGAUUAAAGUUCAUCCGCUGAUUUUGUUGACUCUUGGUCCUCCAAUGGGAUUAGGAGCAUACUACUUGAAGAGGAACCUAACGAAAUUGUUUAGGCAGCGCCAAAUAGGUCAAAUACAGAGUUCAAAGGUUGAUGUGCAAAUGGGUACACUUGAUAAACCGAUUUCGGCAAGUGAAAUUGUAAAAAUAUUGCCAUAUGAUGAAAGUCAGUUGUACAAUGUAGAAAGAGGCAUUGAGAACGAAUAUGACUCGCUACGUGAACAGAUUGUUGAUUUGGUAGAACAGAGGAUUGUAGAGUAUAUUUCAUUGAAUCCAGACUCAACAACAAGAGAGCCUAUGCGGGACUUUAUAAGCAAUGAAUCGCAAUUCAACAUCAAUGUGUUUUCCAACCAAGUUGAGACCUGGACAUCGACCUUGAUACAUCCAAAUAGACAAGUGGAGCCAACGGACAACGUCUCUGAUUUGAAGCUUUUUAUUAAUUUGCUGGUUCCUUAUUAUAGUUCCCGAAAUGUAAACACCAGGAAACGAUUAGGUGUCAUCCUGGUAUUUCUAAUGAAAUUGAAUGAAACUGAUUGGAAAAUGGUGCUCAAUAUAGCCCCAUUAGGUUGGAGAAGUAGAGAUUUUUGGAUUCGCGAUAUCAAUGGCUGUGAAUAUUUAGCCAGUAGGAUGUUCGCUACACUAUCGAGCAGAGCGAGAUAG